CCUAAAAUUUAAUUAAUUCUCUAUUUUAUUAUCAAAACAGCUACCUUCCAACACUCUAAACAAACACACUCAGAUUCACUACUGCUUAGUACAAGCCCCCCUUAUUUGAAGUUUUUUUUGAAUAAUCUGCAAAAAAGAUGAUGUUAUUGAAUCUUCUUCCUUCAUCCUCAUCAUCUCUCACUUUCACAAAAUCACACCAUAACAAAAACCCUAAUCUUGUUUCAAGAAACUCAAUUUCUCAUCAAUUUAAGCCUAAAGAUUCAAUCUUUAACAAUACCCACAUCAAACCAACAUCUCAGAUCUAUAAAGUUUGCAACUUUAUCAAAACCCCAUAUGUUUUAAGUGAUUUUGGGCCAAAACCCACUUCACAUAUUGCUAAAUGUUCAUCAGAAGAUAGUCUAGAGUCAACCCCAGAUGUUGAAGUUGACAAAAAGUCAACAAACAAGACUCUGCAACUUGCUAUUGUGUUUGGAUUUUGGUAUUUUCAGAAUAUUGUUUUCAAUAUUUAUAAUAAGAAAGCUUUGAAUAUAUUUCCGUAUCCAUGGUUACUUGCUUCUUUUCAGCUUUUUGUUGGUUCUAUCUGGAUGUUAGUUCUUUGGGCUACUAAGAUUCAACCUUGUCCCAAAAUUGAUAAAUCGUUUAUUAUCGCGCUUUUAGGCCCUGCAUUGUUUCAUACUAUUGGUCAUAUUUCUGCCUGUGUUUCGUUUUCAAAAGUUGCGGUUUCGUUUACUCAUGUUAUUAAGUCUGCAGAGCCGGUUUUUUCAGUUGUGUUUUCGUCUGCUUUAGGUGAUUCCUAUCCUUUGUCUGUUUGGUUAUCCAUUUUACCAAUUGUUAUGGGUUGUUCAUUAGCUGCUGUGACUGAAGUUUCGUUUAAUCUUGGUGGGUUAUGGGGUGCUAUGAUUAGUAAUGUUGGGUUCGUGUUAAGAAAUAUUUACUCGAAGAAGAGUUUGCAGAGCUUUAAGCAAGUGAAUGGGUUGAAUUUGUACGGAUGGAUUACCAUUUUGUCGUUCUUUUAUCUGUUUCCUGUUGCGAUUUUCGUUGAAGGGUCUCAAUGGGUUCCUGGAUACCAUAAAGCAAUUGCGAGUAUUGGGAAUCCUUCGACAUUUUAUCUAUGGGUGAUGAUCUCUGGGGUGUUUUAUCAUCUAUAUAACCAAUCGUCGUAUCAAGCACUUGAUGAUAUUAGCCCGUUGACUUUCUCAGUUGGAAACACAAUGAAACGGGUCGUUGUGAUCGUGUCUACUGUUAUUGUUUUUAGGAAUCCUGUUAGGCCAUUGAAUGCACUUGGGUCCGCAAUUGCUAUCUUGGGUACAUUCUUGUAUUCGCAGGCGUCAUCAAAGAAGAAGGUUGCUAUCGAAAAGAAGGAUUGAAGAAAGCAUCAUAUGGUUCAUUUCUUAUCUUACUGUUAUUAGAAGUUUUGGCUUUUAAUUUUGUUUUAGAAAGUUUCAGUACUUUUUGGUUUCUUUAUUGAAGUAGGGUUUUAGUGUUUCCGUGACUUUAUGUGGCCUUGGUAGACUUUGGUAUUAUACUUCAAUGAGAGAAUAUUGAUUUUGAAAA